CUCCCACCCAAGCUUUCACUUCACCCCCACCACAAUUCUCACGGUCUCGCCUCCCUUGCGCGCCCCUUCCCUUGUUCAUCGGUCGCCUCACCGCAGUCCAGCAAUCCUCGCUUGCUGUUUCUCCUUCCACACUUUCUUCCUUGGUGAAGUAGAAGUCGAGCCGGCCGAUCCUAUCCAGAUAUCCACUCCAAGCUCGUCUCUUCAAUCCAAAGCAAAACAAAGAUCCAGGAGAAACGGCCGAUCGGGACAUCUCCCAAGCUAAAGAAACCCUGCUUCCUUCUUAGCCUCUGCUCUGUUCUUGCCCGUGAACACCACGAGUACCAAGCACCGAGAAACUAAGAGAGGAAGGAGGAGGAGGAAGAAGGUUCUCUGUACUGAUCGAGAGCGGGGGGUUUUGAUCUUGGCUAGCGAGAAUGCGGCAGAUCUCGUCGAUGCUGCAGGGGCUGGCCCGCUCCAUGUCUCUGGGGAAGGAGAGGAAGGAGGCGGAGGAGCCGCAGGGGACGGUGCUGCGGUCGUCGGGGACGCUCUGGGGCGAGGGCUCCGAGACCUUCGCCGCGGUGUGCUCCCGCCGCGGCGAGAAGGGCACCAACCAGGACACCUCCAUCGUCUGGGAGGGAUACGGGUGCCAGGACGACACCAUCUUCUGCGGCGUCUUCGACGGGCACGGACAGUGGGGCCACUACGUCGCCAAGGCCGUCCGGGAGUCGCUGCCGCAGUCGCUUCUGUGCCACUGGCAGGAAGCCGUCGCGCUGACGUCCCUCAUCGACGGCGAGAAGAGGCUCAGCGACUGCCAGUUCGACCUCCUGAAGCAGUCCUACCUGGCCGCCGCCGCCGCCGUGGACGAGGAGCUCCGCCGAAGCCGGCGCCUCGACGCCGUCAACAGCGGCUGCACGGCUCUGUCCAUCGUCAAGCAGGGCGACCUGAUGGUGGUCGCCAACGUCGGCGACUCGCGGGCCGUCCUUGCGACCACGUCGGACGACGGGGACGUCACGGCCGUCCAGCUCACCGUCGACUUCAAGCCCGACUUACCCCAGGAGAAGGCGCGCAUCACGCAGUGCGAGGGCCGCGUGCACUGCCUCGACGACGAGCCCGGCGUGCACCGGGUGUGGGUGCCCCACCGGGAGGCGCCGGGGCUGGCCAUGUCGCGCGCGUUCGGCGACUACUGCGUCAAGGACUACGGCGUCAUCUCGGCGCCGGAGGUGACACAGAGGAGGAUCACCGCCCGGGACCAGUUCGUCAUCCUGGCCACCGACGGGGUCUGGGACGUGCUCUCCAACGAGGAGGCCGUGCGGAUCGUGGCGGCCACGCCGGACAGGGAGAAGGCGGCGAAGCGGCUCGUCGAGUGCGCCGUCCGCGGGUGGAGGCGCAAGCGGCGGGGCAUCGCCGUCGACGACUGCUCGGCGGUCUGCCUCUUCUUCCACACGCCGGCACCCUGAACAAGCUGCCCCUAGAGGCUAGACUGCGAUUGCAUUGCCGUCAGGACGAGGGGAAAGCAACCCGUCCACUUGCCGGUAGAUCAAUCGGUGCGCGGCGUCGCCGUCGGAGAGAGACUCGUUUCGGACCAGAAGGUGCA